CAUGUAUUGUGCGUAAAGAAAUAACCCAAAAGUUGCCAUCAAUGGAAGCUAUGCCGUAAUUGUCUUCAUUUAGUCUUCCUUCACUCUCAAACCAAUUUGCUUUACCCUAAAGACCUCCCAUGUUUGAUACUCAUUUUAUAUUACCCAAUUCAUAUCAUAUAUAACCCCCUCUCAUUUCCCCCUUCUUUUAUCACCCAACACGAUAAUCCAUGGCCUACAUCGCUGCCAUUUCCGUCCUCGUCUUUGCUGUCAUCGCCACAUCUUGUGCUGCAGAUACCGACUUACUUCAAGAUAUUUGCGUCGCCGAUCUCGCUUCUGGGACUAAAGUGAAUGGGUUUGUAUGCAAGACGAAUGUAUCUGCCACCGACUUCUUCUUCGAUGGACUUGCCAAACCCGGUCUCACCAACACUACAUCAGGCGCAGUGGUUACUGGAGCCAAUGUACAAAAAAUCCCAGGUCUUAACACUCUAGGAGUGUCUCUUGCUCGUAUCGACUAUGCCCCUGGUGGCCUCAAUCCACCUCACACACACCCACGUGCCACCGAGGUUGUGUUUGUUCUCGAAGGACAGCUAGACGUUGGGUUCAUCACUACAGGCAAUGUGUUGAUAUCUAAGUCCAUCAAGAAGGGAGAAAUAUUUGUUUUCCCAAAGGGAUUGGUUCACUUCCAGAAGAACAAUGGGAAGGAAGCUGCUGCAGUGAUUGCAGCAUUCAAUAGCCAAUUACCAGGAACUCAGUCUCUUGCUGCCACUCUAUUUGCGGCAACUCCUUCAGUGCCGGACAACGUACUCACCAAGGCUUUCCAAGUUGGUACUAAGGAGAUAGAGAAAAUCAAGUCUCGCUUUGCUCCCAAAAAGUAAACAAAAACUAAGGCUUCAUUCAGAUAAACACUGUAAUUUCAAUGCAUGUUUCUUUCAACAUACUUGUGCUAAUCCUAAAGAUAUCAAUGUUCGUUUGAUAUGUGUUCUAUUCUACUCUGAAUCCCAUACUUGAACGCAGUAAACACAUGUUCUAGAGAGUAAAAUAAAGCUGUUAUAAGUCAUUCUGAAA